AGUCGCCGCGCGCGCGCGCCGGCCGCAGGCUGCCCUCGCGCCGCUCGCCCGCCCCCCCGAUUGGCCCGUGCCCUCGCGCCGCCGGCGCUCAACGGGGAGCUUGUAAUAAAAGGGGCUGCAUCAUCCUCACACUCGGCAGAGUUCCUCAUCAAAUUUGGACCCAAGGGACGCCAGGAGCGCCGUAGGAGACCCCUCUUCCCACCCUCCACCCCGGAUGACCCAGGAGAUGUGACAGCACCCGGCGUGAGCACCGAUGCUGAGGAGAACCAUGCGGCAGCAGCGCAGUGAAGCCAGGCGUCGCAGGGUUUCGCUUGCUGGAAGCCAGACGGCAGCGAUGGAGGCCGUUCCAGCACGGCAGCGGCAAUGAAGGGCUCUGUCCCCCUGACUCAGCUCGGCUCCGGCACCGGACCAUGAGCUCCCACCACCCCCCGCGGCACGACGGCUCCGAUGCUGAGGGUUUUGCCCAGCGGCAUUUUGGGCGCAAAAUGGCAGUGUGCCGACGGUGGGGGGUGAACCCCCUCGCCUGGCCACUGCCACACCGGCCGUGCCCAAAAUGGGGGUGCGCGCCCGCAUCGCUGACUGGCCCCCCCAAGAGAGACGCUGUCAAGGACCCCCCUGCUGGCACCAGCCCAUGCCGGGAGGCAGCAGGCAGCCGGGAUGCUGCUUGCUGCCGGGGUUUUGCCAGCGGGCAGCAGCCCCUCACCAGCGUUUCAGGCUUUAAGGCCCUUCACCGCCUGGCACGGCGGCGAUCCAAGGACGUGGAAUUUCAGGAGGGGUGGCCCCGUUCCCCAGCAAGGGGCUUGGCACCACUGCGGCACCGGAGCAGCAGCGAGGUGACGCUGAGCGAGUGUGACCCGGAGGAGCCGGUGGAGCCACGGGGACCAAACUGGGGGGGGGCCACCGGACUUUUCCGUGAGUAUGGCAGCACCUCCUCCAUUGACGUGCAGGGCAUCUCAGAGCAAAGCUUCUUCGAUAUGCUCAAUGAAUUUCGGACCAAGAAGCCGGAUCGGCGAGCCGCAACGCCCGAGCGUCUUGGGGAAGCUGGUUUUCCUUCAGGAUCAUAUUCUGGGAUCAAGACGGAGGGUAGGAAUGGGCCCCGGGAUGAGCCGUCGAUGCAGUCCAAGGAGAAACCCCGCAGGAGGUGUCCCAAAGGUGAUGCUGGAGGCGAAUCCAUCUUCAAGAAGCUCCGGAGCGGCCGAAACGAGGGGGAGCCAGGGAAGGAGCCAGAGGAGCUGCGGGCACCAGAGCCAGGCAAGGCUUGGGUGUGCCAGAAAAGUUUCGCCCACUACGACGUGCAGAGCAUCCUCUUCGACCUCAACGCCGUGGCCGUCAACCGCGCCGUGGUAGCCCAACGGCGAAACACCACCACAGGCGCCUCGGCCGCUUCGGCCGCCACUGUUCGUGCCAGUGGGUUGGGAGGAUCGGAUCCGGCAUUUGCCAGCACCGAGGACCUUAACUGUAAAGAGAAUUUGGAGCACGAUGUGGGGGAUAACACCAGCAACGAGCUUCUCCUCAGCUGCCCCCAUUUCCGCAAUGAGAUCGGCGGCAGCGGCGAGCGCAAUGUCAGUUUCUUCUCCCAAAGCUUCGGUGGGUUCCCCGGGGGUCCAACAGUCGAGGGGGGCUUCCCGGAGCCUGCCCUCGAUGUACGCCCCACCAAUGCUGGCGUCUCGGUGCUGGAGGUCCCUAAGGAGCUGCAGAGGAACCCCAAUCGGCUCAAGCACUACAGCGUUGAGCACGUGGACCUUGGUGCUCGCUAUUACCGGGAUCAUUUCCAUGGCAAAGAGCACUCUAACUACUUCGGCGUGGAUGAGAAGCUAGGCCCGGUGGCUGUCAGCAUCAAACGGGAGAAGCUGGAAGACCACAAGGACCAUGGCCCCCAGUACCAGUACAGGAUCAUCUUCCGGACCAGUGAGCUGGUCACCCUGCGCGGUUCCAUCCUGGAGGAUGCCACCCCUACUGCCACCAAGCACGGGACGGUCCGGGGACUCCCACUGAAGGAUGCCCUGGAAUACGUUAUCCCGGAGCUCAACAUCCACUGCCUGCGCCUCGCCAUCAACACGCCCAAGGUCACCGAGCAGCUUCUCAAACUGGAUGAGCAAGGGCUCUGCCGGAGGCACAAGGUGGGCAUCCUCUACUGCAAAGCCGGGCAAAGCUCGGAGGAGGAGAUGUACAACAACGAGGAUGCAGGACCCCCCUUCGAGGAGUUCCUCUCCCUCCUUGGGGAGAAGGUUUGCCUGAAAGCCUUCAGCAAGUACGCGGCCCAGCUGGACACCAAAACCGACUCCACCGGCACCCACUCCCUCUACACCACCUACCAGGACUACGAAAUCAUGUUCCACGUCUCCACUAUGCUCCCCUACACCCCCAACAACCGGCAGCAGCUGCUGAGGAAGAGGCACAUAGGGAACGACAUCGUCACCAUCAUCUUCCAAGAACCCGGAGCUUUACCUUUCACCCCCCAAAAUAUCCGUUCCCACUUCCAGCACGUCUUCAUCAUCGUCCGAGCCCACAACCCCUGCACCGACAAUGUCUGUUAUAGCGUGGCUGUCACCAGGUCCAAAGACGUCCCACCCUUCGGACCCCCUAUCCCCAACGGCAUCACCUUCCGCAAAUCCGACGUCUUCCGAGAUUUCUUGCUGGCCAAGGUGAUCAACGCGGAGAACGCCGCUCACAAAUCGGACAAAUUUCACACCAUGGCUACUCGAACCCGGCAGGAAUACCUGAAGGAUCUGGCUGAAAACUGCGUCACCAACACUCCUAUCGAUUCCGCUGGAAAGUUCAACCUCAUCUCACUGGCUUCCAAGAAGAAGGAAAAGACGAAAGCCCGAGCGGGGGCCGAGCAACACAGCGCGGGGGCCAUUGCCUGGCGUGUUUCCGCUCAGGAUUUUGCCCGGGGAGCAGAGAUUGCUUGCGCCCUGGGUAUUUCCAACGAAUUCGUGGUCUUGCUUGACCUCAGCGCCAAGGAGGUGGUCUUCAACUGUUUCUGCGGGGACGUCAUCGGCUGGACCGCCGAUGCUUCCACUGUCAAGAUCUUCUAUGGCCGAGGAGAUCACAUCUUCAUCCGGGCGGCCGAGGGCGGCCCCGAGGACAUCAAGGAGAUUGUGCAGAGGCUGAAGGUGAUGACAGAUGGCUGCGAGACAGUGGACAUGACCUUGAGGAGGAAUGGGCUGGGCCAGUUGGGCUUCCACGUGAAGUAUGACGGGACAGUGGCCGAGGUGGAGGAUUACGGCUUCGCCUGGCAGGCCGGUUUGCGGCAGGGCAGCCGGUUGGUGGAGAUUUGUAAGGUGGCGGUAGUAACCCUCACCCAUGACCAAAUGAUUGACCUCUUGCGGACCUCCGUCACAGUUAAGGUCGUCAUCAUCCCACCCCACGAGGAUGGAGCCCCUCGCAGGGGCUGGGCUGAAUCCUUGGAGAUAAGCAGCGUGGAACCAAAGGGAGAGACUGAGAGUUUGCCAUCUGGCUACCGCCCACCGUACCGGAGCAACGCCGGCUGGCAAUGGAGCGGGCCGGCCUCGCACAACACGGCUCCGGCUAGUAAAUGGGCUGAGCCGCUGGCGCUUGGCCACGGGCAAGCGAUCAGCCGGUCGACCAAGCAGCCCACCGUGCCCUACCGGGAGCCGCAACCCCUGCACAGCAAGAGGCCAGUCAGCUUUCCCGAAACUCCCCAUCCCACCUCCUCCUCGCCGGCGGGAACGGAGAGGGCGCAGCCGUACCGGCAGCCCUCGGGCAGCUUCUCCGCACCGGGCAGCGCCGGGACAGCCUACGCUCGCUAUAAACCCUCUCCAGAGAGGUAUGUUGCCUCGCAGCGGCCGCCAUUGCCCUUCGAGCCGCAUGCUGGCCACGACGGCCCCUCCAGCGGUGACUCCUCGUCUGGGGGGCUCAGUAGCCACGAGAGCACCAUGGAACGGCACAAACCAGAGCCGUUGUGGCAUGUGCCGGCACAGUCCAGGUUGCCGGGAAGCGGCGGGAGCAAACGAUCCGGCAGGCAGGAACCGACGGGCAAGGAUUCUCCCAACCGGCACUCCAAGGGUGACACGCAGUACUCGAGCCACUCCAGCAGCAACACGCUCUCCAGCAACGCCUCCAGCAACCACAGCGACGACCGUUGGUUUGACGUUCCUGAUCCCGUCGAAACCGAACCAGAUCCCCUCUCCAAAGGCGGUUCCAGCGACAGCGGCAUCGAUACCACGCUCUACGCCUGCAGCCCUGCCGGCGGCGGCAGUGGAGGGGCCGGUCCCAAACCCCCCCGCCCAGCAUCGCAGAGGGACAAGGUCCCCAAAACCCCCUCGGCGUCCUACGCCGGUUUGCAGGAUGACGGCGUCCAUCCCGGUGACAAGAAGAGGGAACCAUCCCCAACCGUCAGUACCGGCAGCCAGGGUAAAAGCUAUCGGCAUAAAGCGGGGACCCCCGGAGCCUCGGGGACCCCCGGCAGCAGCCCCGAUCCUUUCAAGCAGCCCAGCAGCUCAAACCCACGGCUGGGCUACCCUGGCUACAAAACCCCCUCGGCUGAAACCCCCCGGCCCCCCCACGCCUCCCAGCUUUCUGCUUCGGUUCCCAAAUCCUUCUUCUCCAAGCAGACGGUCAGGAACAAACAUGCCACAGGCUGGAAACGUGCCGAUGACGCACCGGAUCCCAAAAAGCAGGUGGACGCCAACACCAAGAACGUUUUUGGGCAGCCGCGACUGCGAGCGUCGCUGCGGGAUCUACGUUCCCCCCGUAAGAGCUAUAAAUCCACCAUCGAGGAUGACCUCAAGAAACUCAUCAUCAUGGACAGCGCCGCACCGGAACCGGAGAGAGCUGGGUCCCCACAGAAAGGGCUCCAGCGGACGCUGUCGGAUGAGAGCCUGUGUGGCGGGCGGCGGGACAUCGGUUACGCUGCUGGCGCGACGGCAGCGGCAUCCUUGGACACCGACGUCCUCUUCACCAGCGCCUAUCCCUCCAGCACCUUGCCUAGCCGCCGGCAACACCCCCCCACUGCCAACGGCAGCCUCCCCGAGAAGAAAUCCGCCAUCUCCGCCUCUGAGCUGUCCCUGGCCGAAACACGGGACAAGCUCCCCCUUCGCCGGAUCGAUCCUGGGAUGAUGCCUUUGCCGGAUACAGCAACUGGGCUGGAGUGGUCCAGCCUCGUGAAUGCCGCCAAAGCCUAUGAAGUGCAGAGAGCCGUCUCCCUCUUCUCCCUCACCGACUCGGCGCUGAGCCCCGACCCCCCUGUGCCCCCUGAGAGGCAGCCGACGCCACGGGGGGGCCCCCCCCUCAGCCAGCCCCCGCCCCUGGACCUGCCAGGGAAGGUCUCCCAGUUGGAAGCCAUGUUGAAACAGCUCCACAGCGACCUGCAGAAGGAGAAGCAGGACAAGGUGGUGCUGCAGGCGGAGGUGGCCAACCUGCGGCAGAACAACCGGCGGCUGCAGGAGGAAUCGCACUCGGCCGCCCGGCAGCUCCGACGUUUUGCCCGGAUCUUCUCCGGCGCUGUCGAGAAGGAAGAGCUGUGAGCGAGGGGGGGGCUCCCCCCCCGCGGGGACCCCGGGGACACUGACACCCUCCCCUCCCCGGGUCACUCAUUUCCCUGGGGACACCAGCCCCCCUCCCACCCCCCUCCCAGGGCUGGCUGGAAUGUCCCUAUGGGACUGGGAGCAGCCUGAAAGGACUGAGGGCAUCCGUAUGGGACUGGGAGCAUCCAUAUGGGGUCAAGAGCAUCGCUGUAGGGCCACGAGCCACCAUACUGGGCCAGGACCAUCCCUGCAGGGACAGAAGCAGCCCUAUGGGAGUAGGAACUUCUAUACGGGGCCACGAGCCUCCAUAUGGGACUGAGGGUAUCCAUAUAGGGCCGGGACCAUCCCUGUAGGGACAGGAGCAUCUCUAUGGGGCCAGGAGCCACCACAGGGGACUGAGAGCCUCCGUAUGGGGCCAUGAGCUUCUAUAGGGAGCUGAGGGCAUCUAUAUGGGACCAAGAGCCUCCCUAUGGGGCUGAGGGCAUCUAUAUGGGACUGGGAGCCUCCACAUGGGGCUGAGGGCAUCCAUAUGUGCCCAGUAGCCACUAUAUGGGGCCGGGAGCUGCCAUGGGCACCCAUAUACGGCCGGGAGCAGCAGGCAGGGGCUGGAGCUGGGGUAGGGGGGGGGUUUACUGCAAAGGCAAUAAGGGGGUGAGAGUCCCCCCCAGCCCCUUUUUUUUUGGGUGCAAACUCAUGAAUAAUAAUAAUGAAUAAUAUAAUAAUUAAUAAUAAUAAUCUUCCAGGAGAGUUUGAGGCGUAACGAAGAACCUAACAAGCACUUUCUCCAAAAAAAAAAACCAACAAAAAAAAAAAAAAAAAAGGAAAAAAGAAAACCUAAAUUAUUUUCUAGAGGAAACAACGCCCCGAGCGGCUCAGGAAGGGUAAAACCCCCCCGCCCCCCCCCCCCCCCCAAUUCCUACCCCCCUCCCCAAAUCUUCUUUAUAAAACACUAUAUUUGUAUAAAUUGCACCGUUUCUAACCUUAUUUUUGCCUUUUUUCUAUCCAUUUUCUGCACUGGGGGGAGGUGGGGGGGAAGCGGUUGCGGGGGGGGGCAGAAUGGGCAUUGUGAACCCUGCUGGGCCCCCUCCCCCCAACCUGAGGGGGGGUCCAUGAGAAUUCCCCCCACACUUUGUGUAUAUGGGAGCAUGUAUAUUAUUUUAUAUGGACCUUACUGUCUUAUUUAAUAUCCCCCCCCAUAAUUUUUGCUAAUAGGAAUAAAAAUGCUGCCCCCCCGCCCCA